CUCUUCGCUCUGGUUCUCUGUUGAGGUUUGCAGUUUUGCACUGACAAAAUAGUUUACACGCCGUUUAUUGUCUGAAAUAAGCUAGUUUUUAUUUUUUAUUUUGCAUGUCAUUCUCUGUUUGGUCUCUGAAUAUAUAAAAUACCUCAACUGGGUUUUAGUUUCCUGAAACUUUGGACCACUUUUCUUCUUCCUUUGGUUCCCGACAAAGCUCACCAACGAUUUGAAUGGCUGCCUUUAGCGUAGGGACGAUAGGUGUUAAAGUUUCAACCUUGGACUGUGGUAGAAGAAGAAGUGGGCUUUUACGAUUGAAUUGCUUAAGGACAUGGACAUGGAAAAAGUCUUUAGAAUAUGGAGGUUUGAGAGUAUCAAGACGGUCAGGGAAAGUGUUGAACGUGUCCACUAGUCCAUCCUUAGAAACCCUGCCUGUUGUAAGUUCAGAAGAUGAUGGUGAACAGUCCAAAUACUCUGGUCUAACAAGCCAGCUCGUUCCAAAUUUUGAUGAGGUAGAAUCUCUGCUCUCAACAAUAUGUGACACAACUUCAAUUGCAGAAUUUGAGAUGAAACUCAGUGGAUUCCGGUUGCACGUGAGGAGAAAAUUGACCGAAGAAGUCAACACUUCACCACCCCCAAGUGCUGCCCCUACCAGUGCAUAUAAUGUGAUUGCUGAAAGCUCUGAUUUGAAUGGUUUUGUCUCUACACCAUCUUUGGCUAUAACUAAGUCAGAAACUUCUUCAAAGAAUAUUCAGACAUUGGUAGAUAGAGCUGCAGAUGCAGGCUUGGUGAUAAUACGGUCUCCAAGGGUGGGAUUUUUUAGGAGAUCUCGAACUAUAAAGGGAAAGCGUGCUCCGCCUCCAUGUAAAGAGAAGCAAGAAGUGAAGGAAGGCCAAGUGGUAUGCUACAUAGAACAGCUUGGUGGGGAACUCCCAAUUGAGUCUGAUGUAUCUGGCGAGGUAAUCAAGAUACUAAGAGAGGAUGGCG